AUGGGACACAUCAUUGGAAUGGAGAUUGAUGUGGGAAUCACUUUGGAAAUGAGGAUUGUUGCGGAAUACGGUGCGGUAAUAUAUGGGAAUGACAUUUUAUGUGGGAAACAGCGAGACGCAUCCCAGAGCGAGCUGGAGGAGGAAGCGUUUGAGGAUGAGAGGAUUAAAACGCGAUCGCAAAUAAAUGGAGAGGGGACAGCGGCGGAGUUUUAUGUGCGCCAGUACCAGUUAUGGACGGUGGUGUGUGAGUCCAGUGUUGUCAUCCAUCAGUUGUCCAGUGUGUGUGUGUUUGUUGUCCUGUGGUGGUACAUGGACCAGAAUCGCCUGUCUCCUCACCAGCUCUUCACAUACGGCCUCCUUCUGUCUCUCUUCGGCUACCUUACGUUUGACAUCAUUGACUCAGGGGCAGGGCGAAAUCACAGUGGUCGAACACGAUGGGCUGACCUAAAGAGCACUGUCGUCUUUGUGACAUUCACGUACGGGUUUGCCCCAGUUCUGAAAACACUGACAGAAUCCAUCAGCACCGACACUAUCUACGCCAUGUCUGUCUUCAUGCUGUUGGGUCACCUGAUAUUCUUUGAUUAUGGAGCCAAUGCAGCCAUCGUCUCCAGCACUUUGUCAUUGAACAUGGCCAUCUUCGCCUCGGUAUGCCUGGCCUCGCGACUUCCCAGCUCGCUCCACGCCUUUGUCACGGUCACCUUAGCCAUCGAGGUCUUCGCCCUCUGGCCUAUGUUCCAGAAGAAGCUGAAGGCAAUCACUCCUCGCUGUUACCUAGUGGUCACCGUUAUCUUCACCCUGGCUGCCUUGUUGGGGGUGCUGACGGUUUCUCUCACAGGAGCUGUACUCCUCGCUCUGCUGCUGUUAGCAGUUGCCUUGCUGUGUCCUCACUACCUCAUCAAGUUACAGUCCUCGAAAGACAACAUCCACGGGCCCUGGGAUGAAGCGGAGAUCAAAGAUGACCUGUCCAGGUUCCUGGGGUGACAGCCUGCAGGAGGAGGAGCGUUCAGGCCAGUGCACCCUUUGCUCACGUUCCUGUCUGAACCUUUCUGGGAGACUGCGGUCAUAGCUGACAGCGCCGCGAGUUGCGUUGGAGACAGAGCGUCCGAGCCACUGAAGUACCGGUGUCCCUUCAGAGAGCUGCCAGCCUGAAGGACUCCACCUGAGUCUGCAUCCAUGCCAACAGGUGCCAGCAGCAGGUCCUUCAACACUACCUCCUCUCCUGUCCCCACAGGGUGCCAGCACUUCUCCCACCCACCAUCACUCUUCCUAUGCCAACUAGCUAUUUGAAUAUUAGGAGCAUCACUCCUCAUCCUUCAACAUCCAAGCACGCUCCUGAUGGACCUGGUUCGGAUGCACCCCGUCCCUCCCCAGGUUGACUUUAUUUCCACUCUUCCCUCGCACAGUGUGGGGGCUGACUAUUGCUGUACACCAGGUCGCUCCUCCUAUUGCAGACACUGGUAAAGGGGGUUUCAGGCAUGAGCCUGGCGGAGGCUGAGGGGUUUAAAAGCCAGAGUCAAUGCCAGCGACUUGCACAGCUGACAGCGUACAAAUGGGUACGUGCCGAUGUUUGUGUUCCACCUCUCGUCAUCUCACCUUCUCAAGAUAAACGUUUUCUCCACUCCCCUCCCCCAAUCUCGUGUUUAUCGAACUUCACCUCUUAAUGCAUCGACAUUAUUGCGCCUCAGUGGUAGUGAGCUCCCCACAUUCGAGUGGAGAGGUUUCUCUUGAAUUCCCUAUUGGAUGUUUAUGACUGUUAAGAUUUAUUACUGACUUCCUCAAAUUUGUGACCAAGUUUAGCUGCCCCCACCACUGUACGUAGUAUCACAGAACCCUGUCAGUGCACACGGAAGCCAUUCGGCCCAUCAUGACAGCAGUGGCUCAAAAGAGCUUUUCACUUCAUGCAUUUUCACUGCUUCCUCUUUGUAACCCUGUGCAUUCUUCCUCUCUAAAUAACCAUAGAAUGCCUCGACUGAACCUACCUGCACCAUGCUUUGCAGCGAUCCUAACCCUAACUGCCUGAAAUGAAAAUUUCCUCCUAUUACUUUUACUUGUUACUUUAAAUCGGAGUCCACUCAUCCUUCCACGAGUGGGAAUGUUUUCCCCCCUUGUUUACUCUGUUGGGACCCCUCAUGAUCUUGAAUACUUUGAUCAGAUCUCCUGUUCUCCAAGGAGAACAGUUUCAGCUUCUCUAAACUCCCUCCAUAGUUGAAAUCCCUGGACCUGGACUUAUUGACCUCUUCUGGGUGUGGGAUGUGGGAAAGGUGGUUACCUUUCUAUCAAAUUCCCUUUAUAAUUUUAUAAGUUGUCCCACCGGUUCCUUGUACUUGCUUGGACAUUUUGAAAGAAAAGUGCCCUUUCCUGCUAGGUAUAAGCACAAGUUAUCAAAUCCUGCCUUCUUAAUCUCAACACUACAUAAAUGUUCAAACACUCUGACUCUGACAGAAUCAGCAAUGGGGAAGUGGAGUCUGGAUCUGUAUGUUUCUGCUAUGUUCCCUAUUAUAGGCAAUUGACAAGGAGCUUCAGAUCCUGUAACAACCCGCCAACUGAGAAUCCUCCUGGUGCUUACAGACACCUCUGGAAGUGAAUUAAAUAAUUUUCUAGAA